CGUCGGGUCCUGCCGUCAGACUCGCUUUAUCCUCCGAUCGACUUGGAGGACUCCUCGCGAGGACCAAAUCACUGCUGAAUCCUUCCGGCACACCUUCGGGACUCGUAGCUCGCGAGAUGUGGCGGCUAUUGAUAGUCAUCGGUAUGAUCGCGAUCGCGAGGGCCGGCCCAUACGACAGGACGGCGGACUCGGUGAACGACAGGACGCUGUUCAUCAGGAGUCUGCCGGGUGAUCCUGGGACCAGGAGCGAUCUCUAUGAGGUCUACAUGGAACCGUAUUAUUUCGCAAUCGGUCUGAAGGCCGUGGUGGAGAUGAAAGCUCUCGAUCAGGACGGCUCGCCGGUGGAUGGAGCCCGAGGGAUGCUGACGUUGGAGCAGCUGCCCGAAGGGGUCAGGGUCACGGGCACAAUCACGGGGUUGAAUCCGGGCUUGCACGGAUUCCACGUGCACGAAAAGGGGGAUUUGCGGAAGGGUUGCAAUUCGGCUGGCCCGCAUUUCAAUCCGUACAUGGUGAAUCACGGCGCACCGAGCGAUCCGUUACGUCACGUCGGCGAUCUCGGCAAUAUUGAGGUCGGGCAGGACGGAGUGGCGCAUAUCGACGGCAUGGAUCACUAUUUGAGCCUGGUAGGCGUGCGGGGUGCGAUCGGCAGGGCCCUGGUGGUCCACGAGAAACCCGACGACCUCGGUCGUGGCGGAACCGAGGAGAGUCUGAAGACCGGAUCGGCGGGCGAGCGUGUCGCCUGCGGCGUUAUCGGGUUCAUGUAAAAGGAUUUCGGCGAACGGCGAAUUCGGCUACUGCAUGCACUAAAUACGCACUGAAAGCUGCCUGCUCACCUCGUAUAAAACGAUACUGCGUCGUGUGCAGUGUCCCCUGAAUAUAUACUUCGGUGAACAAGACGAUAUAUUUAUUUCUUGCUGAGAACCAAAAUUCUUUUCUAUCGAAACUCAACCGGCAUAUCGCUGCAUCUUUUGUAAUUUUAUAUAUUUUUUAAUAUUAAUAUUUUGAUAAUAUAUUUUAAUAAUUGUUCCGAGUCUCUGUUGAAAUUUAAAAGGGAAAUAACUAUUAUAGAUAUUUAUUAAUGUUUAUUCCUUUGUUAUUAAUAAAAAUGGCGUAAGAAGCUAUUUUUAAGCUGGAUAUACGUAAAAUAAAAUAUAUCACGAAUGUUAGUCAAAUAACACAAUUAAAAUGUAAUUAAGUUUAUUCAGUCAAAGUGAUCAUUUGUAAUAUAUCUCGUUUAUAGCUAAAUUCGUACAACAGCCUGCAGAUUGUGCGCCCUAGUGCAUCCACCCAAAUUCGCUGAAAGAGAUGUUGCGUAUCGCAACUUUGUUCAUUACUAAUUUAAUUGCGUCCAUUUGUACCGAACAAUAAAUCACGAAUGUAAUCGAGCACCUAUCAAAC